AUGGCGAAAGACCGGGUACAGAAGAAGUCCUUCCAGCAGAGUCUGGAGGUUAUCAAGCAGAGGGUGAGGGAGAAGAUGACCAAACGGCUGGAAAGUGCUUCAAAGCCCAGAAGCGGUCGGACCACAAUGAUAAACACAACCCGUGCAAAAGCCAAUCAACAUACAAUUCUGAAGGGGGUCCAGCUCAACAACAAGGCCCUGGCUCUGGCCUUGCAGGAAGAGAAGGAGAAAGUGAGGCAAGCAAAUGACGUGAUUAUGCAUCUGAGGAGGGAGCAGCAGACUCUGUUCUUCCACCUGGUGAUGCUCAAAAGGAAAAUUAAUGAACAGGAGCUUCUGGCCAGUGCAUCAAGGAGGGAAUCUGUCAAGCGCCCCAGUGAAUCGUCAAACUGUGCGGAUUCGUCCAGGAGGAAGCAGAUCAGCCCAAACAAUGAGAAGCACGUCAUGAGUGAGACCCUAGCAGUCUGUUCAGAGCCUCACAGAGAGGAAUUGGAGGAGGAUAAUCGGCUCCCCACCAUCACCCCUGGGGUUGGGGCCGAGAAGGAGAGGAUAGACGUCUUGUCUCGCUUUGGAGAGUCCACCACUGAAACGCCGACUGUCAUACCUGGCGAUACCCAGCAGCGGGUCAACACACGCAAGACUUACCUUCAGGCAGCAGAACAUUUGGGACAAACUGAAUGUGGCACACAGCUCAUCUUGCCACAUACAGUGGGUGUGAGGCGUCAGCAGGCAGACCGAACCAGAAGGAGGUGUCAGUAUGUGCCGGAGCAGAGAUUAUUGAACAAGGAGUACCCUGUCAUGCCCCUGGAGGCUGUUGUGGGAGAUCUGCCGGAGGACAUGGAGGUAUUAAUAGAGAGUCCGAUUCAUAGUGAUGACAGAACCCAGAGCCAGUCCCAGCAAGAACUAGCAAAGCCUAUUUGCUCAGAGGAGUUCCAGCAGUCCACACCAGAGCCAGCACCAGCCCAAUCAACUAACCAGCAGCAACCCCACAGGAAACAAGCCCAGCAGCUUGGACCCAAACCAGAACCAGAACCACACAGACAAGAGAGGGGCCGCAAACCAAAGCAGGUCCCGUUAAAGAAACCUUGGGAGAAUCCCAGAGCCCGCUCCAAAAGCAGGAACCGGUCGACGACACGGGUGAAAACAGCAGUUUCACCGCAGGGCGACAAGCUGAACACCUCGCAAGGCUUUAAUGACACAUUUGAUUUUAACUGUUUUGAGGAGGUCCACCUCACCCCCUUUAGGGCCAAGGCUGAAACCAAGCAGCCGGCCUCACCCAUCCAGGUAGAAGCUCAGCAGAGAGGGCAGACUCCAAUACCAUCCCAAGCUCCAGGUUCCCUGGAGCCUGAGUCCAGUUUGACAUCGACAUCUUCUGAAUCAGAGGACAGCCUUUAUGUACCUCAGAAGGCCUGGAGAGGACAUAGUUUCACAGACAGGACUGAGGCGAUCCCCACCCGGAGAAGGUGUCAGUCGACAGAAACUGAACAGAGAGGAAAUAUCCCCCAACAACAGGAGAUGCCUGAGCCUCACAGAGAGGAAUUGAAGGAGGAUGAUCUGCUCCCCAUCACCCUUGGGGUUGAGGCCGAGAUGGAGAGCAUCGACAUCUUGUCUCGCUUUGGAGACUUCAUCACUGAAACGCCGACUGUCUUACCUGGCGAUACCCCCCAGCGUGCCAACACACACAAGACUUGUGGGUUUGGUGUCAGGCGUGCAGGGAAACGUUCGAGUCUGUGUGAUGUGACCAAUAUGUCCCCCGCAGCCUAUCGCAGGUUCCCCUCCACCUCUGAUGCUCGAUGCUCCACCCCAACUGCGGCCCGCAAGCGGCGCUCUACCAUACGUGUGGAUUACAAGGAACCCUCCUUAAACGCAAAACUCCGGCGAGGGGACAAGUUUACAGACCUGCAGUUCCUCGGCUCUCCGAUCUUCAAGAACAAGUCUGCCAGGAGGUCUGUGCAGAAGUCGAGGAAAAGUGUGACAAGCCGGAAGUCAUAUCAGAAUUACAAUGAGUCGUUUGUUGGAUGCCGCUAACAGCAACUCCUUGGUGUCUAUCCCUUCUGAAUUUGGGUGUGGUCUGGGCAUUGUGGAUUUUAAUGUCUGUGAUUACUUUAACUUUCAUCAUAUGAUCAUAUGAGCAGCUGUGAUCAUUGCCAGGUCUGUCUUUAAAACUAAAAACCCUGGCCCUUAUUUUGAAAUUUAAUAUUUUGGCUUAUAAAAAGAAAACUCAAGAAUGUUGUACUUGGGGCGUAUACCAACAUGGGGAUCACCGGUUCGAAUCCCCGUGUUACCUCCAGCUUGGUUGGGUGUCCCUACAGACACAAUUGGCCAUGUGUGCAGGUGGGAAGCCGGAUGUGGGCAUGC